CUACUUCCUAGUACAUAUUUAGUGCAAAAACAUAUGUAUGUGGAUUAAUUUAGAGUCCUAUAAAUACUUAACUCUAACUGAAUAAUUUAGACUCCACAAAUUCCACACAAAUAAACCCUUUCUUCAAACUCACUCUCUUUGAGGCUUCUUCGUCCUUAAAUUUCUAUCUAUACACCUUGAAAAUGGCAUCCACCAACUCCCACUUAGCCUUUCAAGUAAAACGGUCCAUUCCCGAGCUAGUUGUCCCUGAAAAAGCAACACCUCAUGAAGUAAAGAAACUCUCAGAUAUUGAUGACCAAGAAAGCUUGAGGUUUCUAAUUCCUGUAAUAUGGUUUUACAGGAACAAUUCUAGCAAUAAUCCUUCAAUGGAAGGGAAAGACCCUGUCAAGGUAAUUAGGGAAGCACUUGGUAAAGCACUUGUGUAUUACUACCCUCUUGCUGGUCGACUUAUUGAAGACCGUAACAAGAAACUAGUGGUGGAUUGCAAUGGCCAAGGGGUUUUGUUCAUAGAGGCUAAUGCUGAUGUCACAUUUGAUCAACUUGGCCAUACAAUUCAACCCCCAUCUCCGUUUCUGAAUGAGUUUCUCCAUAAUGUUCCAGGCUCUGAUGGUAUUCUUGGUUGUCCUUUGAUAUUAAUUCAGGUAACUCGUCUUCUAUGUGGAGGUUUCAUUCUCGCACUACGACUAAACCAUACAAUGUGCGACGCAUUUGGGCUAUAUCAGUUCAUGAACACAUUGGCAGAGAUGGCAAAAGGUGCUCAGCAUCCUACCAUCCCACCUGUUUGGAAAAGGGAGCUCUUGAAUGCCCGAAACCCGCCACGAAUAACUCGUAUCCACUAUGAAUAUCCCCAUGAAACCACUGACGAUCAUCAGCAGCUGCACGAUGGCUUGGACCAAACCAACAUGGUCCAAUUCCCUCUCUUUUUGAAUUCUAAUCAAAUAAGAGGAAUCCGAAGUCAUCUUCCUUCACACCUCAGAAGUGCUUGUUCUCGUUACGAGUUACUAACAGCUUGUCUAUGGAGAUGUCGAACGCUUGCACUGAAUCUGGACCCGGAAGAGGUUGUCCAAAUCUCAGGCUUAGUUAAUGGAAGAGGAAAGAAAAGUAAUAAGGGUUUGAAUCUGCCUGUGGGGUACUAUGGCAAUGCUUUUGCUUACCCUUCAGCAGUUUCGAAAGCCGGAGUUUUAUGCAAAAAUCCAUUGGGAUACGCAGUGGAAUUGGUGAAGAAGGCCAAGUCUGAAGUGGACGAAGAAUAUUUAAGAUCAGUUGCUGAUCUUAUGGUGAUUAGAGGACGACCUCCUUUCAAAAUUACCAAAGGACAUCUGGUUGUCUCUGAUGUAACUGGUGCCGCUCUCGACAAAAUUGAUUUCGGAUGGGGUUUACCUGAGCAUGCUGGACCUGCAACGGGUUUCACUCUGAUCAGCUUCUUUAUGAAGUAUAAAGUUGGAGGAGAAGAUGGGGUUGUGAUGCCGAUUUGCCUGCCAUUGUUUGCUGUUGACAGGUUUAGACAAGAAGUGAAGAAAAUUACUACUGAAGCGCCUGAUAUGUACGAAAUUACUGAAGCUCAUCUUGUUAGGCUUACAUCCAGGUUCUAAGAUAGCAUCUAUAUUCUAUUGUUGUAUGCAUUUGUAGAUUUGUCAACAAGUUCAGGUCAGGUAGUGGAUUUGAGCAGGUCUAAGUUGAAAUCUCCUAUUCUUUGUUUAGAAUGUUAUUUUAAUUUGGUCCCAAAAAAAAAAAAAAUAGUUAUGACUCUGAUUGAUUUUUAACUUUGUGGUCUGUAUGUUUUUGGUAUGGUUUUUGAAUAUUUUGAAAAAAAGUUUAUGUGUA